AUGAGUCUUAUUUCUGCUCCAAAAAACUUGAAAACUCACAUUUUUAAUUUAAUUGAAUAGAACAAGACUUAAGAAUUAAUAUAAUUCAUAGAAAAUCAUAGAGAUUAUAUCUAAAAUCUUGUUGCUCCAAACUAUUGGACUCUUGGAAUGUAUGCAGUCAGAUACAGUAAUCAUGAGCUAAUUAAAUAUUUACAUAAAAAAGAUCUACUUCAUGAACAUCCAUUAUCUCAAUAUACUUUACUAUAAACAGCUUUUUAAAAUAAUGAUCUUGAGACUUUAAAAUUAUUAUGUGAUGAAUUAGGAAAAGUAAAUUGACUUGUAAUCUUUAGGAUAUAAAUAAACCUGCUUAUCAAUUCUCAGAUCAAACAUUUUUAUAACAUGCCCAUAAAUACAAUUUAAAUGAUUUGAUAGAGAUAUUCUGCUCAAGAGGAGCUUAUUUUAUUAUUGAAAGAACAUCCUCUUCCUUAAUUGAUUGUUAUGCUAAUAAUCUCAAAGUGGAACAUGAUCAAACAUGUGUUAAGUUUAAAAGUUACUAUGAUAAUAGAGAAAUACCUUAGACUUCUAUAUUAUAAUUGAAAAGAGAUAAACUUACUCCAACUCAUUAUUUUAGAUUCAAAAAUAUCUUAUUACUAUAAUAUCUAUUAUAGAUGAAAUACUUAUAAGCUCCUGAAGGAUAUGGAGACUUUUUAUUGAACUUUAAUAGAAUAUUAGAGUAUACAGCUCCAAGUAAUAUAAUAGAUUGA